AGAUGCAAACGAUUCUACAUCACAACGGCAGUGGGAACUUGGCGUACACCGGCAGAUUGAAGAACAGAGAAGUACACCGAGCCAUCACGCUGCAUCCUGUCAAGGACCACCGGCAAAUGUACAGGAUACAUUCCUAUUUUAAGAACCUUCGAAUCCAGGAGCUUCGAGAACGUUCUCUGGACUUGCACCGAGAUAUUGCUUUAGCAAUGAAGGAGUUGGCAGUUCCUGAGGAUCAGGUGGAAGAUUAUAAGCUGCCUGGAGACGUACCAUUGUUUCCAGCCAAGAUUGGGGAUCCAGAUUAUCUGGGUGACAAUAAGAUAUUAGGUGCUCCAAUGGACUUGAACCGCUACAAACCAGACACGAUAGAAGACAUAGUGCCAUUUGACUUCAUCAGCAAGUCUUUAUACUCAGCCAGUCACGCCAACCCCAAAAGGCGGAUAGAGGGACCACUUCGGGAAGCACUCGACGAUGUUAUCAGAGAAGUAAUGGAGAUAAUAAACGCGCCAUCCCGUCAGCGAGGUCGUGUGAUAGACUUCAAUGAGCUGCUGUACGGGUACACACGCCUGCAGCCGCUACACGGAGCUGAUCAUGUGCUGGACCUGCUCCUCAAAUACCGGCGCUACAGAGGACGCAAGAUGACCGCCGCUGUCAGACGACACGCUUACUUGCAGCAAAGUUUUACCAGUAUGGAGAUUAGAGAAAUACCAAUGGGAGAUCCACCACCAUUCGAAGACCCUGAAGUAUUAGAUGAAUCCGAAGUCAUCAAUAACAUCAAUCCUGUAGAUUAUGAAGAUUUUGAUGAGACUCGUCAACAACAAGAAGGAUUUUUAGAUAAAUUAAAUGUAAGAGAAGCACUUGAGAGUGGUCUAAUGAAGUUACAGAACUUACCAAAAGUAUUGAACUGGGGUGAUGAUGGCUCUGAGGAAUAUCCAGUGUACGAUAGAAGAAUCCAUUUUAUUAUGCCUUUAUCUGGUAGGCAAGAGACUUUUGGAAGAUUUAUGAAAAACUACGAAGACAUCGUACUGAAGACUAAUGAGGCUGUGUCGCUAAUAGUUGUAUUGUAUCUAGAUACUAGUAAUCCUCUAGACUAUAAAAACACUGAGAACUUGAUCAACUUCUAUGUUAAUACGUAUGGCAAAGAUAUCAGGACAGUGCUCAUGGGUACGGAGACUUUCUCACGAGGUGCAGCAUUGACGGAAGGACUCAAACUGUGUUCGCCUGACGAUUUAGUUUUCUUUAUAGAUGUAGAUAUGAUGUUUAAUUUUGAUACUCUCAGAAGAAUCAGGAUACACACUAUCAAGUAUCAUCAAGUAUAUUUCCCAGUAGUGUUCAGCGAGUACAAUACUGAAGUAGUUAAUGGUGAUGAUUAUAAUAAACUGUUGGGUGAUAACAUCGAAGAAGAACCUAUAUUGGAUGAGAUGGGAGAGGAAGAAGAGCCAGUUGAAGAAGUUGAAAAAACUGAAAAGGAAUUAAUAAAUCUAAAGUAUACCAAAGAAAUAACCAACGACAACGGUUAUUUCAGACAGUAUGGUUUUGGUAUUUUAGCUAUAUACAAGUGCGAUUUUGAACGUGUUGGAGGAUUUGAUUUAAAAAUCAAAGGUUGGGGAAUGGAAGAUGUUCAAAUGUUUGAAACAUUGAUAAAAUCUAAUUUAACCGUAUUAAGGGUAGCAGAUGAGAGUCUUGUACAUAUUUUCCAUUCUGUGGCUUGUGACAAGACUUUGGAGAGACCGCAAUUCUUGAUGUGUCUCGGUACAAAAGCCUCUACGUAUGGAAGUGAAAAACAAAUGAUUAAUUAUAUGAUAAAUCAUCCGGAAGUGAUGUGGCCUCCGCAACAGGCUAUUGAAGAAAUGGAAAAAAAGAUAGAAGAAGAAAAAAAAGUUGAGGAAGAAAGAAAGGCAGAAGAACAGAAGAAGAUUGAAGCUGAAAAGAAGGCUGAGGCCGAGAAAAAAGCUAAAGCCGAGGCGGAAAAAAAAGCUGAGGCGGACAAGAAAGCUGAGGCAGACAAAAAAGCUGAGGCUGAUAAAAAAGCUGAGGCUGAUAAAAAAGCUGAAGCUGAUAAAAAAGCUGAAGCUGAUAAAAAAGCCGAAGCUGAUAAAAAAGCCGAAGCUGACAAAAAAGCCGAAGCUGACAAAAAAGCCGAAGCUGACAAGAAAACGUCAGAAGAGAAAAAAGGUGCUAGAUAG